AAACCAACUAGUGCGGCGGACGUUUUAUUUUUUAUAUUUUUGUCCUCGUUAUAGCCCGAAGGCCAACAUUUAGGGUAUACGUUUAAGAAAAAAAAUAAUAAUGACAGAGUAGCUUAUUAGGCCAUUCAUUGUCAAAAGCAGGGUAACAUCGACGUCUUUCCUCUGAGCCGGAAAAUUAGAGAAGCUAACAUUAGGUAGCUAAUGUUUGCGUAGCUAUAGCUGGCUAGUUUUCAGAAGACCUACUUUUAACGGAGAGAAUUUUAUAAUCACCAUUGCUGUAAUGGCUGAUGUUGACAAACUCAACAUAGACAGUAUCAUCCAACGUCUCUUAGAAGUCAGAGGAGCAAAGCCGGGCAAAAAUGUGCAGCUACAGGAAAAUGAGAUUCGUGGAUUAUGCCUUAAGUCAAGGGAGAUCUCUCAGUCAACCAUUCUUCUGGAGCUUGAAGCUCCUCUCAAGAUUUGUGGGGACAUUCACGGGCAAUACUACGACUUGCUGAGGCUCUUUGAGUACGGGGGAUUUCCUCCAGAGAGCAAUUACCUGUUUUUGGGAGACUAUGUGGACCGAGGGAAGCAGUCUCUGGAAACCAUCUGUCUCCUGCUGGCCUACAAAAUUAAAUACCCUGAAAACUUCUUCCUACUGAGGGGAAACCAUGAGUGUGCUUCAAUCAACAGAAUAUAUGGUUUCUAUGAUGAGUGUAAAAGAAGAUACAACAUAAAACUCUGGAAAACAUUCACAGACUGUUUUAACUGCCUCCCCAUUGCUGCCAUUGUUGAUGAAAAGAUCUUUUGCUGCCACGGAGGACUGUCACCUGACCUUCAGUCCAUGGAGCAGAUCAGACGUAUCAUGCGUCCCACUGAUGUGCCCGACCAGGGUCUGCUGUGUGAUCUUCUCUGGUCUGAUCCAGACAAGGAUGUUUUGGGCUGGGGAGAGAAUGAUCGGGGUGUAUCGUUUACCUUUGGGUCAGAGGUGGUGGCCAAGUUCUUACACAAACAUGAUCUGGAUUUGAUCUGCCGUGCCCAUCAGGUUGUUGAGGAUGGCUAUGAGUUUUUUGCAAAGCGGCAGCUCGUGACUUUGUUCUCUGCACCGAACUAUUGUGGGGAGUUUGAUAAUGCCGGUGCUAUGAUGAGUGUGGACGAGACCCUCAUGUGUUCUUUUCAGAUUUUAAAACCAGCCGAGAAGAAGAAGCCCAACGGCAGCCGUCCUGUGACUCCUCCCCGCAACAUGGUCACGAAGCCAGCCAAGAAAUGAGACCGGGUCACAGAAGCCGCUAGUCUUCUGCAUUUGAAGGGUUGGUUAUCCUUCACGCUGCCAGUACAGAAAAAAAGAUAUCCACUUCUACCUGAUGAAAGCAAAAUCUUUACUUUUAUCCACAUGGGUAAAUUAAUGUCACCAUGGAAAUUAAAAAAUAAAAAAUCCUCAGGUGUUUUGCACUCCAUUUUUGCAGCUAGUCUUUGCCACACGACUGUUCGAUCAGGAAAAAUGUAACAAUAUGGCUCCUUGAUGCACAGGAAUGCCUUGUUUGUAGCUGUGCACAAUUUUUAUUCACGUCCUCUAAUUUCAUCUUUUUCUCACUGUCAAAUCAUUGGAAAGAGUCACAGAACACACGUUUACGUCUGUAAAUGUUUACUUAACAUAGGACAUCAACGCCACACAGCAUCACUGCAUUUUUAAACAAAUCGUGUGCUCAGUGAAUUGAAUAAAGCAGCACUCUUGUAAUGGCAAACUUUUAAUGACCUGUAUUUUAGUGGGGAAAUGGUAUUUGGUUUUAAUUUGUAAUUCUUAUUUACUCUGUUAUUCUCAGAGCAACCUGUAAGAGUCUCUCCUCUGCUCGGGAGCUUAUGUGUUUGUCUUUUUUUUUGUUGUUUGUUUGUUUAUAAAAUAUCCAUGCUAUGAGAUGAUUUUUAUGAUGCUUGGUGAAAAUGUUGGUUGUUAUUACAGGAAGAACUGAUUCCAUUUUGGUGAUGAUGCUCCUGUGAAACAAAGAGCAUGAGCAGGGUUUACGUAUUUUAUUUUUUUUCUAAAUAGCUUCAGGCUAAAGCUCAGUUAGCUCCACAACGACACUAGCGCUAUCUACCACAGCAUAUUGGAAUUGUAAUAAUGAAUAAAAGCUCAAAAUGGAGACUUCCAUUUUCAAUUUAA